CCGGAACCUUCCAGCUGCAGACAGGGUUUCUGGUAACACCAAUUGGACAGUAACACGCUAGAUUUGUAAACGACGCAAGGUCGUCCGCUGUGCUGCGGGGUGUUGGACUCAGAUUUUGGACAGAAAUGAUGUCCAUGGCCGCUCGAUCUGGGGCUUUGACCCCUUAUCUGCAGGCUACCAGACUGACGGUGAAGAGUCUGGUGUCCUCUGGAGCCAAAGAGACGGUCUGUGCUGCAGGUAAGGACAACAACUGACAACAACAGACAACAACAGCCCUCAGUCUGGGUGUGACUCUCUUUAUCUGAUAUUCUCUAAAUAUUGACAUAAACCAGAUUAUUUAGUAGUCCGUUGUAAAUAAAUAUGUAUAUAUGGUGUUAUUUCACCUUUACCUGCCCUCUGUUAAAGUUACGCAGAUGUUAGCUAACAGGAGAGCUGCAAUCUGAGCUAAAAGAGGGGUCCGCUCUGAUUAAACAACACUUUUCUGUCAAAUACAUACUGGUAUACAUAUAUAAUUUCACAGAUUUUCUAUAAUAAUGUACACCAGCAUCUGCCUGUUCUCAAACUUUGUGUGUGACCUUAGAUCUUCUGUAAACAAGUAUGAAAGUACGGCAUGUAACCAGGGACAAUAAGGGUUUGCGUUCACAUACCAGCUCAAGUGAAAAAAAACAGAACAAAACAUUCCUUUAAGUUUAAGUUCAGGUUUAUUUUUCAUAAACAGGUUAUUCUUAUGACGUUAUCUAGCUCAGAUACAUUUACAACUACUGCAAAUGACUGUUACUCAAUAAACUUCAGUAAAGGUGGAAUGUAACAGACUGUGUUCACUCAUGUCGCUGUCGUUGAUCAAAUGUUUGUGUAUUUCAUACACACAUAGCCUACAAGCUUUUUAUCCACUAUGUCCUUUUUAUCCACUGUGUCCUUUUUAUCCACUGUGUUCUCUGCAAAAGCUCAAAUCUCACCAAGUGGAUUUGUCUUUAUCAUUGUCAGAAUAACUUCUCACAAUCCAAAUACACAUUUUAUUUCAAGUCAAAAAUUAAAUGUACAACCAAGUAUCUCAUACUGUUUGAAGAAUCUGGUUUAAAAUGGCUUGUUGCUUUUGUGAUCUUAUCAUCAAACAAAAUAACUGUAAUUAAAUAUUUAUUGUUCUUUAUAUAAGUGACAACUACUCCACUGGUUCCAUUUAUGUGUGGUGUAGAAAUCAGUUUAGAUUUUUACCGUGUUUUCACUGAACUUAACCAAUUAUCAACUAUUUUUAUAAUUAUCAUCAUUAUUACUGUUAUUUGUGUUUCAUAACCAUUAAAUGCAAUGAUUGAAAUUGAUUGUUAUUGAACAGUGACACAAAAUUAUUUAAAGCUUCUGUGAGGAGUAACAGCUUCUCUCACAGAACAGAAUAUAGUAUUUAGAAGUAUGUUUAAAUCAGUGUUUUAUCAUCUCAAUAUUUAAAUGGUUUUGUAAGAGUUAGUCUUUGAUUCCUACAUUGGAGCGAGUCCCCUUCUUUAGACACCUUACACCGCUACAGUAGCUUAAAAUAGACAAACUACUGACAUUCAUAUUUGUUAUGUUUAGUGAGUGGCUGCAUGAAAGGCAUGGGUUGGAAGAAGAGGAAGAAAAAGAAGAAGGAGAAAGUGGUUGUUGGGCAGAAGAAUUUGUGCUCAUUGUUUUUGGUGCUAAAAAGCUGACAAAGUAUCAAAUUUGUUGUGCACAUCACAGAAGCUUCUUGUCCUCAUAAGGCCACCGAAGGAGUGAACAAGGGAGUGUUUCACCGUAGAAUUUGACAGCUAUGUAUUUUCAUUUCCACUCACUGCGGCUUAAACUGGCUGUAAAAGGUUGAUAUAGACACUGACACUCCUUCAAGACCAACAAAAGUGAACAAGACCAUCAGCAACAAGACUGACAAGAUCUGAUUUGUUAUCUUAAAUACCUGAAAUGACUGCAAGGGGCAGGUGACAGAGAGUGAUUGACAGCUGAUAAGGACUUAGCUUUUUUUUUCAUUUUUAAAUAUCCACAUUGGGUGAUAUGUUUAGAUGUUUAAAUGCUUAGAUUGGUUCAGCAGGAGGAGAUUCUGUCAGAAAACACACUCACGGCUGUAAUGAGACCAGCAGAGUAGUUUGAGGAUCAUCUUUGCAAUGUGGGUGACAGAAAAAGAGACGCAAACUGAAAGUACUUCACAGUAAAUGUGUUUGGCAGAAAGAUGUAGAUGUAUUUGAUUUAUGUAUCGUCUCUAAAAACAGCUCAUUUCUUGUUUGCAGCUCCUGGAGGGAUCCGCCUUGCCCACACAGACAUUAAGAUCCCUGACUUUUCAGACUACCGCCGGCCUGAGGUCCAGGACCCAAACAAGUCCUCCAAGGACAGCAGCGAAUCCAGAAAAGCGUUCUCUUACCUCGUCACUGGAGCGACCACCGUGGUCGGCGUCUAUGCAGCCAAGACCGUGGUCUACCAGUUUGUGUCCUCCAUGAGUGCAUCAGCUGAUGUCCUGGCCUUGUCCAAGAUUGAGAUCAAGCUCAGCGACAUCCCUGAAGGCAAAAACAUGACCUUCAAGUGGAGAGGGAAGCCCCUGUUUGUCCGCCACCGCACAGAGAAAGAGAUCGCCACAGAGGCAGCGGUGAAUAUGGCUGAGCUUCGCGACCCCCAGCAUGACAAGGAUAGAGUGCUCAACCCCAGCUGGGUCAUCGUCCUUGGUGUGUGCACCCAUCUGGGCUGCGUGCCCAUCGCCAACGCUGGAGACUUCGGAGGCUACUACUGCCCCUGCCAUGGCUCUCACUACGACGCCUCUGGAAGAAUAAGGAAGGGACCGGCGCCGCUCAACCUGGAGGUUCCCUACUACGAGUUCCCAGAUGAUGACACAGUCGUGGUGGGAUAAACACUGGAGCUCUCUCAGCUCCUCUCUGUACAAUGUAUUUUAGAUUACUCUCUGUUGGGGAUGGUAUGCAAUGUGUAUUUACUAAUAAAGAUUUAUUUCCAGCUCCAG